AUGAAUAAGUCUCAUAGGGGUUAUACUGUGAAGAUCAGCUACUUUGAUCCUUUAGCUGUGUUUGACACCAUUCAAUCGGAAUUAGAAGCUAGGCUGCCAUUAAGCUCAUUACAUUGGAAACCGGAUGGAGGUUCUCUGAAGACUAUUGACCAGUUACCUGUGGAUCUUGUUCCGUCAGUAUCUGGUGCUGAGAAUGCUUUAUCUGAAGAUGUCCCCUUUAUUUUUAUUAUAUUUGUUACGUGUUCAUCGGUACAAGAGUAUCGAAAUAAGGUGAGGCCAUUGAUUAGGAAAUGGACACCUGGGGAAGAAACUAGUUCUGAUGUCAAACAGGAUGCUCGUAUAAUAAUUCCUUCCAAGUACAUGAUCUUUUUUCAUUGCAAUUCUGAGGUUGUUGAUUCCAACUUGUUUAAAUCGGUUUCAUUGAUAGAAAAGUUCCACAGAGAUUUCCCUACUGUUAAGGUACAUGAGAUCAAGACGGUGUAUAAAAAUGCGAAGGAGAAGCAGGAGUUUUGGAACUUGACAGUUUCGCUGCUGAAGAAUACUUUGUUAGAUAUACUGGAAAAGCGGUUGGAAAUAUUUAAUGGUGAGCUCCAAUCGAAGUCUCUUUCGUUCCAAGACUCUUUGGUAUAUCGCGAAAAUCUAUUAAGGCUGUACCUCAGUUUUAAUAUUCAUGAAGAAGCAUCGAUUCAAUUGACUGAAAUUGAGUCUCUUUUACUCCAAAAUGGAGUGUCUGAGCUACCAAAUGGUGACAUGGAGGUUCCAUUUACUUCAGAGAAGCAUAGUGGUACAAUUGUAUCAAUUGCGCAUUCCAUUAACGAAGGUUCACUAACAAAAUACGUAUUGUACAAGUACAUUUUUACUCACCAACUAGAAUUAUUGCAACGGCUGACUUCUACAACGACCGAUUAUCAAAAUCUCUUCCAGAUAUCAAGGGCUUUCUAUUCUCAUAUAAACAAAGUGUUUCUGGAAUCGCCCAAUAUAUUGCAAUUCAAUUACUUCUUUUUGGAAACGCUUUUAAGUGAUAGUUUGAUAAGUGAAGGCAAAUCAAAAUUAUCAAAAAUAAUCUAUAGCACAUUUAAGCUCGAACAACGCGAUUGUUGGCUCAGGUUAGUAUAUGCGAAUACUGAUUUCCGAUUAGAUUCGAUUGUGUUUUCUCCUAAUUCAAUUCGUUAUGAGGAUAAUUUGUUGAAACAAACAUUUCAAUCUGAAGAUAUUUUCCAUAAUACUUUCAUUGAGAUGACUAAAGGUUUGCUAACUUCCUUUGGGAAGUGUGAGGGUAGAGGACAACGAACAAUGGAUUGGCUAUCUGUGCAGAUGGGCAUGUUGUACUUCCAGAAGAAGGAAUAUAGAAAGGCAUUUGACCUUUUACAAUCUUGCUAUGAGUUCUAUAUGGAAUCGAAUUGGGAUGUAAUUGGUGGUCAUUUGCUUGAAAUUUUUGUUAAGUGUUUGUUGAUGUGCCCAGAAAUUGAAUACUUGGAAAAUGAUGGCGAAUCUAUUCCAGUAUCCAGCAUUUUAAGCAAUUGCUUUUUGAAUUUACUCAUAUUUUCAAAAGAUUCUAAGGCCUACUGGUGGGAUGAAUUCUUAAAGCUGAAUAACGCCUCUGAGGCUAAUUUAAUAUAUCCAUUGGAUAAUUUAUUCACCGUUAAAAUUUCCCAUAACCCUUUUCUUUCUAAGCCAAAUACAUACGCUUUGCGUAUUAAAUUAGAGAAUAAUAUAGUGCCUAUAGCUAUAAUGGUUUCGGCAAUUAAAUUGUCAUUGAAAAAUUCUAAAGAUGAAUUCUUAACCUUUUUAGCAAGUGAUCAAAUUAUUAAACCGGGAUCCAAUACUUUUACACUUGAAACAACUGAAAUAUCAUUUUCAACUUAUGAGGUGUUAAAUCUUGAAAUAACUGUUGGUGACACUGUUUUUAGCAAAGAAUUCGAAACUUUUGCUGCUCAAGAUACUCUAGUAAUGGAGGAAUUGUAUCAUCACGAAGACUUCAGAUGUACACUAACCAACAUUAGAAAAGCUUUAUUUAAUGCGGCGUCUCUGGAGAUAAAAUAUGAGAAUAAAGAACAUAUAGAUAACUUUAAUUUACAGUUAUCUGCAUUAGCACGGGAUACUGAUAAACCACCUGAAUUUGCAUUUAAUAAUGAUAAAGAAUUUCCUCUGUAUCAGAUCACGAUAAAUGACUUUAAGAUAGACAAAAUUCCUUACUUUACUAAUGGUGUGGUAGGCCGUAUAAGUCUAGGCUUUGACUUGUCUUUUGAAAGAGGAAAUCAGAAAUUCCAGCAAUAUCAAGUGCUUGAAAUUGAUGUUUCUUUACCCAUCGCAGUGUCCGUCGAGGAUAUCUUUAAAAAGGAUGCCUUCUACUUUAAAUUUAUUAUAAGUUCAUCGUCUAUUGAGAUGCCUGUCAUAGUUCAUUCCUGUUCAUUGAAUGUUAACCAAAAAUACAUUGUUUCAGAUGCUUUUGAACCAGAUGAACCAAUAAUCUUGCCUGCUGGUUCGUCUAGCCAUUAUUUAAAUUAUUAUAAGAUCCAAGUCAAAGAGGGGUAUACAUUUGAUAUGACUGAUGUUUUUGAGCUUUUUGUUAACUACAGUACAAUGAAAGAGCAUAUUGAUGAUUUGGUAACUAAAAAAUUCCUCAGUAUAAACGAAGGGAAUGGCAAAUAUUUAUUUGAAAAAUGGAGUAUUUUCUGGCGUCAUGUGAUAUUACCAAAACUAAUUUAUGAUUAUAACAGUUUUGAACGUGAUAAAUGUAUCAUUCUUCUGUCCGACGUACAACCACUGAUAAGGUUAGUUAAAUCUCAAAUUUUAGACUCAAGCGUCUCCAAAAAAUAUUAUGAGUGCAUUAAAGCUUUGGCAGCCGGUGUUCAGAUAUCAGAUUAUCCUGUACAAAACUCUGUUGUAGAGCUAAAUACCUUAACGGUUCCGGUGACUUUUCCUUCAAUUAAGCAGCUUUUCAGCGUUCAGUUGGAACCAAGAAGUUCUGACGAAUACCAUGUUGGUCAACUAAUUCCAUUUGAUAUUAUAAUUAAAAAUUUAUCCCAAAACUGGGCAAUUACUAAAAAUGAUAAUACUUACGUUUUAGAAGUUAGCAACAGUAAUGAAUGGGCAAUUAAUGGUAAACGUCGCACCGUUUUACACUCGAACUAUCUAACUUUCUUGAUUCACCUCAUCCCAUUAAGAUGCGGGUAUUUGACAUAUCCGAAGAUUGAAAUAUUUACCAGCGGUAGAACCAAAGUCAUGGAGGUUGAUUAUUUGAACGCAUAUGAAACUUUAUUGGUUAUAUAG